AUGAGACAGCUGUCAAUUCUUGUCUACAAAAAGAAUGUCUACCUCGUUCUUCAUUUCCCGUUUCCAGGUGCACAUUUGGGACAGAUUCCCGCCGUGGAGAAAAUCGAGCAGUCAAGAGUGAGCGAAAUUGCUGAGAAACAUGGCAUCUUUGGCAACAACCGUUUCGUCACGCUGAACUGCUGUACAUUGCCGAGCGAAUUUGAACAAGGCGCCCUGCCUAGGCUUCUUCGAUAUCUCGAUAUCUUCGAUAUUUCUGUGCAGGAAACAUGCAUCGAAGAUAGGCCUGUCGUCACCAGAAGCUGCAGAGGCAUGAGAAACGACCAACAAGAAUUUGGAUCGGCAAUAUGCGCAUUUGUACGACUGCGUAAUAACAGAAGAUGCAAACUCUGGAUCGUAGGCGCCCACACAACUACAAGGACCAGUAAAGAGAACCUCAACGACAAUUUAUAUGACGAAAACUUUGCAUUGAUGUCUAAGAUACUCAGCCAGUACGUGGUCAUAGUCGGAAUCGACGCGAACGCGAACAUGGGGCUUGAACAACAAUCCGAAAUGCUAGGCAAAUGGUACUACCCUGUGAAACACACGUCGGAUAGCGAUUACCAUCUGGCUGACCUAUGUGAACAGGCGAGCCUCGUAACCUUUUCCAGAUUCAGGAGGAAUCAUCGUCUCCAUCAUCUUAGGUGGCAAUGGUCAACGCUUUUCAUGCCUGAAGAGAAGAAGAUGAGAACUCUCAAACUUCAGCUCAACUACCCACUGAAAAGGAACAUUCCUCAGCCGGAUAUCCGAAAAUCUAGAGCUGAUCGGGACGGCGUUUUCGACUCUAACCACUGUCCAGUUCUUCGCAGCUUCAGAAUAUCUUUCACAAAAAAAGACCGACGAGCAGACCGCGAAAACGAAUGGACGUUAAGACCGAAGGAGUUUGAAAAGGCAUGGGAGUACAAGCACCCAAAGAAAGCCUAUGCUUCACUGAAACAGUAUAGCAGUAAAAUGAAAAGACGUUCUCCAAUCCUCAAAACUGCCAAUGGAGUGGGCGUUGGUGAAGCAAUUUUGCCAAUUUCGAAAGAUCACUUCAGCACCUUGCUGAACUUACAAGCACUAUCAACUCUUGAGCUCGAGCACGUCCAGCGACCGACAUCUACGUCUCCACAUCGCGGCCGCCUUCCAAACGCGCAUGGCGCCGAUGGAGUGCCAGGAAAGUUUGUUCGCCCAUUUGAUGACAUGCAUCAACGAGCAAGUGCUGCGGUUCGAAUACCAGCAGGAUGUACAACAUCGUUUGAGAUGGUAACUGGAGUAAGACAAGGAACAGUGGGAGGACCUUCCCUGUUCAAUUUCGCCAUCGACAACGUCAUGGAAAGAACAGUUGAUCAGUGUACUGCCGAUGUAAUCUUAACCAUCAGGACACACGAUCUCGAGUAUAUGAUGGGCAUGAAUGUUGAAUAG